AUGAAAAUCAUUGUACAACUCCACGCUACUCUCACUGUGAGCUCUCUGAUUCCGUGGGUACGUAGAUACUCUAUUGCUACAAUCGAAUGUUUCUUUUGUAACGUCCAGAGAACUCCCGAACGUCUCAUGAACUGUGCCUCUGGCGCAUUGGCCUCUACUGAGUCACUGGCACUCACGAAUUGGAGACUGUCUUGGGGCCUUGAAACCCUUAAGGAGCACUCCCUGAUCUUCCCUGAUGUCCUAGAAGAGUGUUUCAAACAACGAUCAGAUCAGUGUUCAGUUUUGAAAGAACAAUGUAGACCCAUAGUACGCUGUUGA